GAGUACGUGGUGGGAGCGUGGUUUCUCCGGCUCUCCCUCAAAUAGACUGAUUUAAAGUUAUUUUAAAGAUAUACUGGUCUCGUUUUUACUAAAAACAAAUUCUUACUUGUUGAUUUAUAGAUUGCAACCAUGGGCCGCCGUCCAGCCCGCUGCUAUCGCUACUGCAAGAACAAGCCUUACCCCAAGUCCCGCUUCUGCAGGGGUGUGCCUGAUCCCAAGAUCAGGAUCUUCGACUUGGGCAGGAAAAAGGCUAAGGUUGAUGAGUUCCCCCUGUGUGGUCACAUGGUGUCAGAUGAGUACGAGCAGCUGUCUUCUGAAGCUCUGGAGGCUGCCCGUAUCUGUGCCAACAAGUACAUGGUGAAGACCUGCGGUAAGGAUGGUUUCCAUAUCCGUAUGCGCCUGCAUCCCUUCCACGUCAUCCGCAUCAACAAAAUGUUGUCCUGUGCUGGAGCUGAUAGGCUCCAGACUGGAAUGCGCGGUGCUUUCGGUAAACCCCUGGGCACCGUGGCCCGUGUGCGCAUUGGUCAGGUGAUCAUGUCUGUGCGUACCAAGGCUGCAAACAAGGAGCACAUUGUGGAGGCUCUGCGCAGAGCCAAGUUCAAGUUCCCCGGUCGCCAGAAGAUCCAUAUGUCCAAGAAGUACGGCUUCACCAAGUUCAACGCCUGUGACUUCGAUCAGAUGAUGGCCGAGAAGCGUGUGAUUUCAGACGGCUGUGGGGUGAAGUACAUUCCCAACAACGGCCCCCUGACCCGCUGGAAGAAACUGCACGCCAUCUAAAGCAUCACCAGACUACCAAUAAAACUGGGUUUGAUUAAAAAAGAUAUCUUGGC